AUGGAGCAUUCGCCCCACCUUUCACCUGAGCGUCCUUGUGACGAAGAAUCUCUGAACGUUACCUCAACCGAGGAACCUUCACCUGAACUUAGCAAACCUUCUGACGACGAACCACCGACAGCCGUCAAUAACACCGAAGACGCGCAGGUCAGAAACGUCGAGCCCUCUAUGGACGAACAAAUGGACGUGUCCACUCCGUGUACAACACCAACAGAACCAGCUACGGAGCAAAUGGAUGAGUCUUUUCCUUCGCUCGUUACCUCAUCAGAGGAACCAGCACCUAAAUACUCCCAAACUCGUAGUAACAAAAGUUCAUCGAGUGACACUACUAGUUCUUCCGAUUCGGACUCAUCCUCUACUUCGGAUGACUCCUCGUCUGAAGACUCAGAAACUAGUGUUAGUCCGUCUCCAGAAGUGCCCAUUACCGAAGCUCAGGCAACGGAAUCGGCCAACAAAAACGAUCACGAUGUAGUAGCAUCCGCUGAAGGUAAUCAAACAGUAGGCGAACCAGCGGCAGGUGAAGGCCUAGCCGAUGCACUCACCACCUUGGUGGAAGAGGCUUCGCUACGUCCACCUAGCCCUAUCGCCGGUCCUUCGCGAGAAAAUGUUCCCAGAAUAACAUACUCGCGGAAGGAAGAGCCGUCACCGCAGAGACGUAAAACGUCUCUGGAAAAGUUCACAAAACAUCCAUGGGCUCAUUUACUCCGCGGUAAAACUCCACCUGUCGUGACUGACGACUACGACAGUGAUUUACGGUACAGCGGUCUCGUCUAUGGGCUGUUCCCAGCACAGUGCGACCCAGCAACCAAGGGUAGGAAGGCAACAUCAAUUUUAGCUGCGGUCGGUCCGAAGGCUAUCGAAGCCUUCCGAGAAAACAACGACUGUUCUCAGCUCCUGGAAAAGAGGCGGCAGGGCCAACCAUUGCCGAAAAUGCCAAUCGUAGAAUCGGCUCGCUCUAUCGAAGAAUCGAACGCCUAUGUUAAAGGACUAGUGCUUGAUGGUAACACAGCACCAGUUCUGUAUCGUGUCAAAAAUUUCUUCGGUAAAAGUGGUCUUACCCUGACAAAACUCAUUAUUGGCGAUCUUAUAUGGGUUUACAAGCUAUCUGUAACGGUUACAUUCGAAAAGUCGGACAUGCCGCUUCCGCAAACGAUUGUGAGGGCAUCAUGCUUCCGAUUGGCAGCUGCAAGGGACGCUCCUUCUAUCAAGGAGAACUCCUUUAUUGUUGCACCGUUCCGAGAGCGUCAGUUUGAUUACAUGGUAUUUGCAUGUGCAUGGAACACCACGUCGAAGGAGCUCGCAUCUCACAUGGUAGAUGUGCCAUACUUCCCGAGCCAAGCUCCAGCCCCAUACGACAUACGGCUCACCAGCAAGGAACAUCAAAACCUCGUGCAUGCAAAACUUCACGACUUUAAGCUGUUCCGUGACCGUCCAGAACAGAUGGAAGAGGAGUACCUCGAUGUCACAGCUAGGCUCGAGACGUCUGAUGGUGUUCGAUUACGAGCGUAUCUUAUUUCGUCGCGAAAUGGACGAAUCGCAGUAGGUACUGUCCUGCAUACGCUGGACGAGCGAGCCAAUCCAGUGCUUGCUCUACUCGAGCACUCAUGUAUGCCACACAUGAAUAUAAACUCGGUAGGUUGGUUGGCGGCCCGCGUCCUCUUAUCCGGAGAUGUACAGGUAACCGGAUAUGAUUUUCCGGAUCAUAAUGCCAUCACUGUCACAGUGGCAGGAUCGCAAAUAGAACUCAAUGCUGAUCAGGUCAAUGCAAUUAACAUGUAUAAUAAAGAGUAUCCUAUCCAAAUUGUGGAUAGUGCAUAUGGCGCAGGUAAGUCUGUGUGUGCGGCGAUUAUGGCUGAAGAGUCUGCCAAACAGCAACAGAUCAUUCUAGUAACAGCUGUCCAAAACAGUGCACUGGAUGUAAUUGGUGCCAAAAUUGCUGACCUUCAGUCAGAACACAUCCGUGCUGUGCGUUAUGUAAGUGAAAUUCUCGCUCAGGACGAUAAGGACUACAAACGGUUCAAACGGUUUUCCGAGCAGCGUCAACAGCUGCGUGAGUUUAUGUUCUCCAAUACCCAAAUUAACGUGGUAAACAAAGAGCAUAAAAGAUUGUUGUUCUUAGAAGAACGAACUUCGUGGGACCUCAAGGUACUCACUAAUGAGGCAUCAAUGGUGCCAGAAGCGACUCUAAUGACGCUUAAUAUCACGCUUUCCGGAACGCGCGCAUUACUCUCAUCGGGAGAUAGCAAACAGCUACCUCCGUACGUAGGUGUUCAGAGUGUACCACUAGCAGUUGCGGUAAGUUCUCGAUCGGUCCUCGAUCUGGUCACGAAUCCAGCUUGGACACCAAUAUGUCAUCUACGGACAGUUUACCGUCCUCACAUAGAGAUGAUGUACCUCAACUCUGAGCUCUUCUAUGACGGUUCGCUUAGUUGCGGCAGCGUGACAUCUCUUCGCCAAGCAUUGUUGUCACGCGUCACAAUGCCUAACUCGCGCAUACCAGUGGCACUCAUUAAUAUUCCAUCGUAUUCGGUGCAGUCAGUCACUGGGUCUCAUAGCAAUAUCGUAGAGGCUACCGCAGCUCACGUACUGGUGCGCUACCUUUUAGCUAAAGGUUUUGCGCCAGCACAAAUCAUGGUAAUCUGUCUCUAUCGUGACCAAAAGCUCUUGUGUGAGCGCAUCUUACAGCAGACAGAUGUCACGGUAUCCACCGUAGAUAGUGCACAGGGUAAAGAAAACUCCGUGGUCAUCUUGUGCACCACACGCACCGAAAUGGAGCCUAACACUGCGGCGUCGUUCUUUUCUGACGCGAGACGCCUCAACGUGGCGCUUUCCCGUGCUAAGGACGAUGACGGACGGUUGGAAGACGAUCGAAUGGGCGGAGCGAGGACGAGGAGAACAACGAGGAUUCUGCCGACGGAACCGUCCUGCGACCGGUCGGAUGACCGGGACAUCCACUCCCCAUCUGUCUACCUCUUCUGUGAUCUAUGUGACUUUGUUCUGCUCAUGGUACUUCGCGCCUUAUGUCUGUUUAUCGUCGUGCUUAUACAUGAAGUUUAUUGUUCUAUGCUGUCGUGGAAUUUUGUGGUUUACCGGAGAGCUCUCGAGGCCUGUUGGUUGAUUAAGAGGGGAGGAUGCUAA